GGGACGACGGGCGACAUGGCGGCGGUGCUGCUGGUGCUGGGCUUCGCGCUGCUGGGCGUUCAGGGCGCCUCCGCGGCGGCUGGCUUCAUCAAGUCUCCACUGUCCCAAGAGGGGUGGGCGGGGGGCCGUGUGGAACUGCACUGCCAGGCUGUGGGCAGCCCCGUCCCCGAGAUCCAGUGGUGGUUUGAAGGGAACGGUCCCAAUGACACCUGCUCCCAGCUCUGGGAUGGCGCUCGGCUGGACCGCGUCCACAUCCACGCCACCUACCGCCAGCAUGCGGCCAGCAGCGUGUCCAUCGAGAAGCUGACCACGGAGGAUGCAGGCACCUACGAGUGCCGGGCCAGCAACGACCCCGACCGCAACCACCUGACCCGGGCACCCAGGGUCAAGUGGGUCCGUGCCCAGGCGAGCGUGGUGGUCCUCGAACCGGGCACCAUCAUGACAACUGUGGAGGACAUUGGUUCUAAGAUGCGUCUCACCUGUGCCUUGAAUCACAGCACCACCCAGGUCACUGGCCACCAGUGGGUGAAGGGUGACAAGGUGCUGAAAGAGGACGUCCUGCCUGACCUGCAGACAGUGUUUGAGGUGAACAUGGAGGACAGCUCUGGCAGGUACUUCUGUGUCUUCCUCCCUGAGCCCGUGGGCAGGGCUGAGAUCACAGUGAGGGGGCCUCCCCAUAUCAAGGCUGCAAAGAAGUCUGAGCAUGCCAAUGAGGGGGAAGCGGUCACUCUGGUCUGUAAGUCAGAGUCUUACCCGCCUGUCACCGACUGGGCCUGGUACAAGAUGGUCAACUCCCAUUACCAGGUCAUCACCAACGGCUCCCAGAGCAAAUUCUACGUGAGUUCUUCAGAAGCCAAGUCGGAGCUGCGCAUCAAGGACCUGGACAUGGGUACCGACCCUGGCACCUAUGUGUGCAAUGGCACCAGCCUGGAGGGCCAAGAGAAGGCCGAGAUCACCCUGCGGGUGCGCAGCCGCCUGGCCGCCCUCUGGCCCUUCCUGGGCAUCGUGGCUGAGGUGCUGGUGCUCGUCACCAUCAUCUUCAUCUACGAGAAGCGGCGGAAGCCCGAUGAGCCCCUGGAUGAUGACGACGCAGGCGCGGCACCGCUGAAGAGCAGCAGUCACCACGUGAACGACAAGGGCAAGAAUGUCCGCCAGAGGAACGCCACCUGAGCAGGCGCCCCAGGACUGGAGCCGUGUGCUGGAGCCCCGUGUCUGCGUCUCUGCCUCCAGCAGGAGUCCAUCCCCGUGUCUGCAAGAUCCCAGACUCUCAGCUCUGAGAGAACCCUCGGCCAGAGCGAGCCUGUCACAGGUUGCAGCGUGCCCCGUUUAGUUGAGACGCAGUAGGUUCUGUGCGUAGAAUUCUGUUAGGUGUCCACCAUUUAACUGUGUCACUGGAGCCCUGGAGUGUCCGCCUCCCCCUGGCCACACCUGGGCGUGUGGGUGGGUGGGUGGACCUCCCUAGCCCCCAGUCCAGUCUCCUGCCUCUCUGAGGCCAGUGCUCUGUGUUUGCCCUGGGCUUUGUGGAGAUUUCUUCAUGAAGGUUGCAGGUCUGUGGCUCAGUGGCAGCUCAGACCUCUUGAUGGUGCAGGGGGCCUGCCUACCUACCCACUCACCUGCACAGUGACCCCUUCACUCUCCCAAGUGACCCCUACCCCCUCCCAAUGUCUGUGUGCCAGAGGAUGGGACUCCAGAACUCCCCAGCUCCAGCGGAGGAUAGCAGCACCCUUUCCAGUGUUGGGCUGGGUGGGAACCCUACAAUAAAGACUGACCCCACCCCGC